GCCUUGCAUUGCGCAGCACGCGCAUAGCAGAGUCUGGGAAUCUUUCGACAAUGUCGCGAUCGCUGGCGCGCCGUAUCUACUCCGACGUCUUCGCCAAAUGGCCUAAGCAGGACCUCCGGCCGGACUACCAGUUCCAGGAUGUCCUGGCCAAGGUUGUCGACGAGCGAUUCAAGACGUACAGCCCUUCUACCGAGUCCGAGGAGCUGCUAAAGGCCCGCGCGCUUCAGUUCCUGGUGCAAAAUAAGUUUAAAGAUAGGUACAAACUCAAGGGUCCAAUGCUGGAGCCCAAGAGCCAGCCGACGUAUUUCGAGGAUCUGGUCAGGGAGAUUGAGGAGGCGCCCAAGAGGACAUGGCUGGAGAGGCUGGGCAAGAGAUUGUCUGGCAUGAUCAGACUGCAAUGAUUCACGAACAAAAACGGUAACAUCGGUGUUUAACAGGAGGGACGAGGAACAAAACAAAAAGUGCUUUUCACACCACAAUGGACAUGAAGGGAACAAGGAAAUCGAAAAAACGUUUUACGAUACAUUGCUGUAUACCACCCGUAUAUAUAUAUAUACACUUGUACAACUAGUUGCUGUAUGAAUAGGUUGCAUAAAACCCCCAUUCUAAAUCCU